GUAAGUUGACUGUAUUUUGCAAUCGAGGUACUGAUCCAUCUGUUUGCAUGUAAUUAGGAAACUGAGGCGAAAUUUUUGUUUACGUUUUACGGUGCUACAGUCAAUAAAUUCCAAUUACGCACUUCUGGUACAAUUUAUAUGUUUGAUCAGGAUCAAUUAGGAGAAAUUAGAAAUUAUACAGGAAGCGAUUUUUUGGCAAAAUGUGAAAUUUCGGAUGGGCCUCCUGCAUUCAAUAUAACUACUCUGAUACAUCCGAAUGGGAAGAUAUCAAUCUAUUUUGAGAAAAUUCCUAAGGUAAUUGACGAAAACCACAAGGAAUCGAAAAUUUAUGGAAUCAUUCACUGCGGAGAAAAUGAUGAAGAAACAAUUGUAAUAAGUGUUCCCGGAAAAUGGAUCCAAAGUGGAACGUUAGUGGAGUAUGAAGCUCUCGGGGAUUAUGACUACAGAUACAACUGAAGACAUUGAGGAAAGAAAAUCAUCGCAAUAUGUGUAUAUCGUUGUACCAUUAGUUAUAUCUUUCCUUAUUUUAUGCAUUGGCUGUGGCAUUUGGCUAUGGUUCUACAGAAGGAACAGAGUUUAUCAAUGGUUCUCACAAAUAGCUUCACAAUUGUUUUCAUCAAAAUGACUUCGUUAUUUUCAUUUUCGUAUUUUAUUAAAUACACUUUCUAUUUUGUUAUUCAUUUCAAUAAAUUGAAGAUUGUUUCAUGGAAUUGCAUAUCACAUUGAUGAUUGUUUAUGUAAUGACUGAUGUCACUUUGUAGGUAGAAUAUAAAUAUAUAAUUUUUUUG